CCCACCGCAACAGGUCAGGGGAGGGCGGAGGCGGCGCGAGCUCCGCGACUCCGAGGCUGAAGGACGAAAGGUCUGGAAGAUGAAUAGACUUGUCACUUUCCACUGACUGGCAGCAAUGGCGUUUACUGAAAGAGUCAACAGCAGCAGCAACAGCUUGUACAAUGAAGACAGAAACCUGCUUCGAAUUAGAGAGAAGGAAAGACGCAACCAGGAAGCUCACCAGGAGAAAGAGACAUUUUCUGAAAAGAUUCCCCUUUUUGGAGAGCCCUACAAGACAGUAAAAGGUGAUGAGCUAUCCAGUCGAAUACAGAACAUGUUGGGAAACUAUGAAGAAGUAAAGGAGUUACUUAGUACCAAGUCCCACACUCAUCACUUGGAUGCUUCUGAAAAUAGGCCAGGAAAGCCGAGAUAUCCUUUGUUUCCUGAGAAGGGGAGCAGCAUUCCACCCCACUCCUUCAACACUAGUGUCCGUCACCAGCCUGUUAGCGCUCCUGCCUCUGGACCACUUCCUGUUGGUAACAUUAGCCACAAUCCAAAGAUGGCACAGCCAAGAAUGGAACCAGUCCCAGGUCUCCAUGUGAAAAGCUAUGGCGCCCCGGACAGCCAGCACCUGACCCAAGAUUGCCUUGGUCAGGAGGGGUACAGCUCUAGUCAUCACAAAAACGGUGACCGCAGAACCGAUGGAGACCACUGUGCUUCGGUCACAGGCUCAGCCCCAGAGAAGGAGCUUUCUCCCCUACUCUCCUCUUUACCGUCCCCAGUGCCCCCUUUGUCACCUCUACAUUCCAGCCAGCAGACUGUUCCCAGGACACAAGGAAGCAACAAGGUUCACAGCAGUAGCAAUAACAAUAAAGGCUACUGCCCCGCCAAAUCUCCCAAGGACCUGGCCCUAAAGGUCCGAGAUAAAGAGACCCCUCAGGACAGUUUAGUGGCAGUCUGCAGCCUUGGGGUAGCCCCUCCCCAGCCACCUUCUCAGUCUUUCCCCCCACCUUCCCUCCCCUCUAAAAGCGUUGCAAUGCAGCAGAAGCCCACGGCUUAUGUCCGGCCCAUGGACGGUCAAGAUCAGGCUCCUAGCGAGUCUCCCGAACUGAAACCACUGCCGGAGGAUUACCGGCAACAGACCUUUGAAAAAACUGACUUAAAAGUGCCUGCCAAAGCUAAGCUCACCAAGCUGAAAAUGCCUUCUCAGUCAGUUGAGCAGACCUACUCCAGUGAAGUCCAUUGUGUUGAAGAGAUUCUGAAGGAAAUGACCCACUCAUGGCCUCCUCCUUUGACAGCAAUACAUACGCCUGGUACAGCUGAGCCCUCCAAAUUUCCUUUUCCCACAAAGGAUUCUCAGCACAUCAGUUCUGCAACCCAAAACCAAAAACAAUAUGAUACAUCUUCAAAAACCCACCCUCAUUCUCAGCAGGGCACGUCCAUGCUCGAAGAUGACCUUCAGCUCAGUGACAGUGAGGACAGUGAGACCGAGCAAGCCCCAGAGAAGCCUCCUUCCACGUCUGCACCGCCAAGCGCUCCGCAGUCGCUUCCAGAAGUAGCGGCUUCAGCACAUUCCAGUGGUGCGGAGUCAGAGAGCACCAGUGACUCAGACAGCUCCUCAGACUCAGAGAGCGAGAGCAGCUCAAGUGACAGCGAGGAGAAUGAGCCCCAUGAAGCUCCGGCUCCCGAGCCUGAGCCUCCUACAACAAACAAAUGGCAGCUAGACAACUGGCUGACCAAAGUCAGCCAGCCGGCAGCCCCACCAGAGGCCCUGGGGAGUGCAGAGCCCCCACCUCUGCACCCAGACGGGAAGGGCAAGGGUGGUGACGGUGGCACCACUAGUCACGAGCAUUCAGAACCCAAAGAUCCUCCCCCCAAAAGCUCUGGCAGAGCCCCCCGGGUCCCUCCCGAAGGCUCCCACUCUGGCAAGAGGAGCUGUCAGAAGUCCCCUGCCCAACAGGAGCCGCAGAGGCAAACCGUUGGAACCAAACAACCCAAAAAACCUGUCAAGGCCUCGGCCCCGGUGGACUCUCGGGCCACCUUGCAGGUGGAGAGCGAGCCAGGACUUCCCCACGGCUCCAAGGACCAGCCUUCCAAAGACAAGCCCAAGGUGAAGACGAAAGGGAGGCCACGUGCUGGAGACAGCAGGGAGCCCAAGCCAGCCGCGCCCACCGCCGGCGAGAAGAAGAAGCACAGGGGCGGGCCCCCGGCCCCCGCGAAGGCGCUCGCAGGCCCGGAGCCCACGAAGGACAGUGUGGAGGACAGGAGCCCUGAGCACCUGGCCCUUGUCCCCCUGACUCACAGCCAGGGCCCCAAGCACGACAGUGGCGGCAGCGGUGGCAGGACUAGUGGCUGUCGCCGGGCUGUGGUGGUGCAGGACGACCACGGGAAGGACAGACUUCCGGUGCCUUUGAGAGACACCAAGUUGCUCUCCCCGCUCAGGGACACCCCUCCCCCACAGAGCUUGAUGGUGAAGAUAACCCUUGACCUGCUCUCUUGGGUGCCCCAGCCACCCGGGAAGGGGGGCCGCCAGAAGAAAGCGGAGGACAAACAGCCACCAGCCGGGAAGAAGCUGGAUUCUGAGAAGAGAAGCUCAGACAACUCGAGCAAGUUGGCCAAGAAGAGGAAGGGUGAAGCAGAAAGAGACCACGAUAGCAAGAAAGUCAGACUGGAGAAAGAGAUUAAAUCGCAGUCAUCUUCGUCAUCCUCCCACAAAGAAUCUUCUAAAGCAAAAACACCCAGGCCCUCCUCUGAGCCCUCAAAGAAGGAAAUGCUUCCCCCAACACCCGUGGCACCGUCGUCGUCAUCCUCCCAGAAGCCAGCCAAACCUGCGCAGAAGAGGCCGCGGCGGGAAGUGCAUCCCUGCGGCCAGGACCCUCCCAAAAGUGCUAGUGGUACCAAGGGCAGCCAUAAGGACUCUCCCAUCCCCAAGCGCAGAAAAGCAGAGGGGAAGGGCUCUGGAAGCUCCACAGAACACAAAGGAUCUUCUGGAGAUACUGCAAGUCCUUUUCCAGUGCCUUCUUUGCCAAAUGGUAACUCGAAACCAGGGAAGCCUCAAGUGAAGCUUGACAAACAAGCAGAUCUUCACAUGAAGGAGGCGAAAAAGCUGAAGCAAAAGGCAGAGCUAAUGACGGACAAGGUUGGGAAGGCUUUUAAGUACUUGGAAGCUGCCUUGUCCUUCAUUGAGUGUGGGAUUGCCAUGGAGUCUGAGAGCCCGGUGUCCAGGUCGGCGUCCAAGUCGGCGUACUCGGUGUACUCGGAAACCGAAGACCUCAUUAAAUUCAUAAUGUCAUUAAAGUCCUUCUCAGACCCCACAGCACCAACACAGGAGAAAAUAUUUGCUGUUUUAUGCAUGCGCUGCCAGUCCGUUCUGAACAUGGCCAUGUUCCGCUGCAAGAAGGACAGAGCGAUGAAGUUCUCCCGCACCCUCAGCGAGCACUUCCAGGGAUCCUCCAGGGCCGCCCGGGCGCCUUCCCCGUGCGUGGCAAGAAGCACAGGUACACCAUCUCCUCUCUCUCCAGUGCCUUCCGCCAGCUCCGUGGGCUCCCAGUCGAGCGCUGGCAGUGUGGGGAGCAGCGGGAUGCCUGCCACCAUCCAAAACAUGACAUCUUCCUACAUCACCAUUACUUCCCACAUCCUUACCGCCUUUGAUCUUUGGGAACAGGCCGAGGUCCUUACGAGGAAGAAUAAAGAGUUCUUUGCUCAGCUCAGCACAAGCGUGUGCACCUUGGCCCUCAAUAGUAGCUUGGCAGACCUGGUGCACUACAUGAGACAGGGUUUCCAGUGGCUGAAACAAGGAACCAGAACACCCUAACGGAGGCCCAGGCUGAUUCGAUGCCUUGGGAACUAUUUUGCACAUUGGAAGCCUCAGAAACAGUCCAGACGUUUGUCUCAUCAGGACACGAAACUUGAGAAGCACCAUGUGAUGGCCAGGACAUUUGUCCACUUAAACUCUCAAGAAUUGUGUGGUCAUCAGUUGCGCGCGAUGGUUAUACAGCAGUAGAAAUGAGGCUGGCUUCAGAGAUGAUCGUCGCCUUUCCUAACUGAAGGACGCAGUGCAAUGUAGCCUCAAAGGGGUCUAUGAAUGGUCUAGAAACAUUUCCGUAUUUUUUAACCAGCAGGAUGCGAGUUGCAAAUGAAAUGAGGAGAAGCAAUUUCAGCUCUGAAAGCAAGUUCCCAUCAUCUCAGCAGCCACACUAGUCCAUUCCCAGAAGAAAAUAUUUUUAACAAUGAAUUUUGGUGUAGGGUUUUGGGAUGAUUUUUCUUCUAAGUUUUUGGGAAAAUAUUUGUUUUGUAAAUUCUAGCAGUCAUCUAUAAAACCUAAAUUGUGAAGGACUCCACUGUACCCCACUUUCUGCCAGUGAACAGUUGCUUUGAUAAUACCAAGUAUUGUCAUAACUUAUGGAAUUGAGGGCAGCCCCCGUCACCCGGAGUACUGCACGCUCCCCCAGCUCUGAUUCUUCGCCACCAAGUUGGAAGUCCGCCCAGCUGGAGCAGUGGGAGAGGAGGGGCCACGGAAGGCAGUCACCAGUGACCGUAUUCUGGAUUUUCUACCUUGGGGAAGAAGGGAACCAACAUUUAUGACCAGUUGGCUGAAGGGCUUUCUCAUUUGUGUUUAAGUAGAGCUGGAAUUUGAGGUGCUGGUCUGUGGUCUACAGUUAUGUGGUAACUCCUGUUGUCUAACCAACUCAGAGUUUUGUCAGUGAACAAAUGAAAUCUACUUAGAGAGGCUAUAUUUUUGUGCUAAGAAUUAUUUUAUAUUUAUAGCAAAACUAGACUUUCAGAGCCCUUAAUUAUCUAGGGGAAAUUAACUCCCUGAAAGGAUGUGGAGAUUGGGGUGAUUGGUUAGACUUAGAAAAAGUCAUCGCCACCUGCCUUCACUCCAGUGUUCUCGGUCAGCUCGUUUUGAUGGACUGAGGAGGAACUGUGGCCUCCCCAGACAUUGUUAUUGCCAUAUUGUAGACAGUAAGCCAAGUUCGUUUUGAAUGAUCUCAAAGAACACAUCUGAAUUCCCACGUACGCAUAAGCACAGAUUUUCUUUUUUGUUGACACUUUGAAGGUUAUUACUGGAAGCAUUAUUUUGAGUGCAGUGUUUUUAAAAGCCAAUUCCUCAUCCCUUUUAGAAGUAGAAUUUGCACACAUUAAAAUUGAGGAGUGUGGUCUCUACAGUUGGUUUAUUUUCCUCCCUCACCCAUUCUGCCCCCGACACGUUUCCUACAAGCAUGCUGACGUUUUCCUGUUAGUGGGGAAGGGGGUGAACACCACCUUUACUUAUAGUGAAGGCUGAGGUCCACGUGGUGACUGUCAGAACCUUCUUGGUAAUCUGGCUGAUGCAAAAGGAGACGUGCAAAAGACGGGGUGAAGCUGUGCGGACCGUGCGAAGCUGUCUUUCACCGUCUACCCAACCUGCUCUUUUGUCAUCACGGACUAGCUAGGGCAGAGGCCUGUUACCUCGUGUUUAGGUUAAAGCCAGAGAAUUAACAGCAGUAGUAAUAUCUGAGCAUGAACUUCAUGUGUGGUCUUGAUGUUCUAGAGCAAA